AUGGAGGAUGUAGGCCCGUCGGGGAGUCUGGGAAGCUCUAUCAGUCCCCAAGAAAGAGACCUACUAGCCCAAACCUUCCCCCGUCGCUCUCUACCCAGGAAACAGCUGUCCUUCAACAAGCUCGUCGAGAACAGAGCCUUCUACAAAGCCGUUGGGGCAAUGAGGCGACGCCAUCGCGCUAACGUGACGAUUGCCGGGACAAAACCUUUGGCCACUUUUGCCCGAUGGCGGGAGCAUGCCAAAACCAAAAGGCCCAAAACCCCUCCGGGUGUGAAGUUCCGCCGCUAUAUCAGGCUAACAUUAAUCUGCAUUCGACUGUGUAAAACUAGCUACGAAAGUUUAGAGGCUGCCCGAGGGGAAUUUCUGUCCGUAUCUCAGUACAGCGAGGAAUUCAAAACUAUCAUCGAUAAGGACGGACUAGUCUUUGAUCCUUCGGAGUUCAAGGCAAACAAAGAGGGAAGGGCCUCGGCUGAAACUAAGCGAAUCCUACAGACAAAGUUUGAUGAGAGAACCGAGAAAGACAUUGAUCAUCUCAUGGUGGCGUUGAAGAGUAUAAAGUCUUUCAAAGAAUACCCAAGAAACAUUCAAGAAAAACUCUGUCAAGUUGGCUGGUAUGAAACAUUUGGACCAAAGAGGGCUAUAAUUCGACAAGGUCAUCCGCCACGAGCUUUUUAUUUUAUUCUGUCGGGAACAGUCGUAGUCACAAAGUUCGACAGAAGGACCCACGACUUCCAGAUACUGGUGUUUCUGCAACAGGGCAUGUCUUUUGGGGAAUUAGCUGUCAUCAAGCGCGGAGUGCGACAAGCUACUGUCAGCUCUAAGACCGGCGUCGAGCUCCUCUGUAUAUCGGUGGCGGAUUACAGAAACAUUUUUAUGGCUGGAACUUUCAAGAACUUGACAGACUCUGAGAUGAACACCUUUAUCAGAAAUAUUGGUUUCUUGAAGAAGUUCCCCAUUAACAUUCUGUCGGACGAAAAAUAUCAGAACGACUUCCUGUUUCAUUAUUACCAUCGAGGCCAGAUACUAGCCAGGGACAGCAACUGUUCGGACUGGAUUUUCAUCGUAAAAUCGGGGAGCGUGUCAGUACUGAAGAAACUGAGGAGCCAUGAUCUGAAUGUCCUUUUGUUCCUCAGCCAUGUUGUAUCUGAAUAUCGUUUUGUUCUUCAGCCAUCCAUUGAGACGUGCGAAGCCGCUAACAGACCAAACAUCGAGUCCCCUUGUUGUCUGCGUAACCUGAAAGUGACAGACUUUCAUGGGAGAAAACCAGAGGCAAGUUUUGUCGACAGAGCAUCAGAAGAAAAGGAAACGUUCAAAGAUUACACAGAGAUGGAAAAGCGACUGGUGGAGUCUUUGCCUGGGUACCGCACAGAGGCGGAGAGGAUGGGAAUCCUGGACUACGAGGCCAUUAUUCAGGAUUACAGAGCCCGGGUGGUGGAGAGCGUCACCUCGAGUGUCCCGGAGCCGGAGAGGGUGAUCCUGCCUGAUAUAUCCACGAUAUCAGCGACAAAAGCUGAGGAUGGUGAAACGGAGGGUGGUCCGGCGGUACGGAAAAAUUCAAAGGGUGCAUACUUGUCGAUGUCACCAUCAAAAAGAAAGUUAUCUCGAGCGGAAGUGAAGAAGAAUGCCAUGGAAGAACUGAGAAAAAAGACAGAAGAUGAGAAAAGGGUUUUGGAGAGGAGUCUAGCUAACCGGAAGACGAUGGCUGACGAGCUAGACAGUAAAGCUGGACAGAAGUACACAGAGCAGACGGCAGCUGAUCUUCAUCCCAUGUUCAUUGAGGUCCAGGUACUGGAGCGUGGACAGUACUUUGGGGUGAGUAACCUGGUGUACGGAGAACAGCCCAGCCUCAGUCUGGUGAGCAAUGGUGCCGAGUGUAUUAUGAUCUCCAAGCGUCUCUUCCUGCAGCACGCCUUAGCCGCCACCAUGGACCUUCUGCGUCAACAGGAGUGCCCGUUCCCAGCCACAGGAGGAAAUGCAGACGAACCUCCAGGGAUUUUGUGA